AAAUCUUAAUACUUCCAGUAACAAACAUUACCCCAAAACGAUAACUCGAACUGAAUCCAUAGAACCCCAUACAGAUAUAGAGACAGAGACCAACUGGACGGCACUAUGACCAGUAUAUUGAAUGGCAGCUCAAGGGCUUCGCAGGGUCAAGUCGUUUUCAAACACGAUUUUCCACCGGUGGGUUUCUUUCCCCUGCCACCGGCGGAGCCGCAUCUCUGUCGCGAUGCCUAUCUCAAGGCGUUGCUGGCGCCCUAUGAGAGUAUACCCGAGGACGAAAGCAAUGUGACUGAAGAAGAUUGGAUACCGACAAAAGGUCUUUUCGCUACGAAGAAACUCGACUUCGAGUAUAUGAUGAUAAGUACACGCCGAACCACAAAGGUACGGCCCACGACAUAUCAACGACCGUCGGGAAUUAGUGAGACCACGAAGACCGCGGCCGUCGACAUAAACGCACUGGUCAAGGCCCGCUCGAAAAAGAUUUUGGAAGGAUUGACCAACUCCUCCAUCAACUAUCUACUGGAGAAGUUCAUUAAGAAGAUUGUCAUCAUGCGAUUCGUUCCACCAAAGGGAACCAAUCCAUCAAAAACCAUUUUUGGUUGGUCCUGUCGUGAAUAUUACGAGCGUUUUAAAAAAAAUGAGGACACCAUGUAUUUGGAUGCCUUGGUGUUUGGCAAAACCGAAAAGCAACUGGAUGCUCUCAAGUUUUUUGUCGAUCUGGGAGAGAUUAUUCGUCUGAUAAUAUCUUUGAAGGAAGAUUUGAUAGCGAAUCGUGAUUUGUGCCAGGGCUUUAUGGCUUUGUUGCGAGACAUUAAAGUUGAUAUAAUGGAGGUACUGGCCAAACCAUAUGAGGCCAUGAAUACCGAGCACGAUAAUAUCGUCUUGGAACUCAUCAAGAUUAGGCAGGGCAAGGCCGCCGAUCCGCAAUCGAUUUCAAAACGUCGAGCGCUAAAAAAGGAACAGGAACUUUUUACUGAUUACAAGUAUCCUAUUGAGACACGGUACCAGAUUAAUUGGGCCCGCGACAAGGUGGAGCAGAAGUAUACUGAAGAUGCAAUUAAAGAAAAGGCGAUGCAAGAUGAGCUGGACAAACUCCAAGAGCUGACUAAGACGGAUACCAAUGUAUGGAGGUCUGCUUACAUAAAGUACUCGACAUUGAUCGAAGAGUACAAGAAACGCAUCAAUUUAAUGCAGGAUGCCUACGAUGAGGACAUGGAGAGUGCCGAGAAUGACGUUCAGUUCACGCUGAACAAGUUGAACAAGUGCAAGGACGAUCUGAAGACUUAUCAGGAGAAGGUUCAAAUGUUUCAUGUGAAAAUCGCAGAGACGCGCGCAAAAAUAGCCAUAGAAGAGCAGGAAGAAUUGGAAAAACUUCGAAAGCUGGAGGAAAAAGCAGCGAGAAAGAGUAGCAUGAAGGAAAAAGCCAAAGGCAAAGGCAAAGAAACGAAGAAAAAGUAAAAAAAAAAAAAAAACCUCGGAAAUGAUUAUACCCUAAACAAAGCAGGGACCAAAGCUAUAAAGAUUUCUUAGGUUAUUACUGUUGGGUUUGUAAUAUAAAUAUCUAAAAUUAAAAAGGGAAAGGAAAGCAUGAAAAAAAGGAAUCAUCUCGGAGAUGACUAUAUACCGACAGGCAAAGCAAAGAUGGAACCGGAAAUAUGUUCGAGGGAAGCUGUCAGAAUAUGUGUGUCGAAAGGGACCAAAGGAUGGUAUUUUACCAAAUAGUAUAUAGAAAGAUCAGUUUAUCAUCUUUCUUUCAGUUUUAGUUAGUUUUACUGUUGGAUUUUUCAUAAAAAUUUCCGGAAAAAUGCGAAAAUAAUUUAACGAAUUGUUAUGUAACUGUUUACCUA